CUCCGUCGUGCCUCCUGUGUACAAUGUUUUCCUCCGCGGACACCCUGUUUCAACGCUAGAUCAUGUUCGCGGCCCGGUUCUCGGAUGGCGCCCCAGGUGACCCCUUGAUGUUCAAUGCCAGACGCCGCUCUAUCACCAUGGGCGUCAAACAGCAAGAAGUGAGUCAAAUGCUGCGGUAAGGAUGGGUAAUUUCUACACGCCAGACGGGUUGCCUGAAGGAACGAAAACACGUCAUGUUGGUAAGGGAGGAGAGGUCUUUCUACCGACCCUUUGUUGUUUAUAUCUGUGGUGACCCCGUCACAGUCUCACGCUUACUGCCCCCGUCCAAGGAAUUCCUUGAUUGGAUAUCGAGAUGGAAACAUACCUACAAUACCGCCGGAUAGGACAAGCCUUGAAGAAACAACUCGAGUCUGACGUCGACGCUGUUCGGAGUCUGCCUUGUCUUUCUCGCCAGGAGACUCGCAUCGUCAACGGGCGAACAGUGCUUGUCGUUGAAUGGGAUGGGCCCGACGAUCCUCUGCACCCACGCAACUGGCCGUUUUCCGAACGCUUCCGAGCAACAGUGGUGGUAUGCAGCAUAGGGUGUCUUGUCGGCGCUGCCGCAUCCCUGGACGGCGCGGUCAUCCCGCAAGCCGCAAAAGAUCUGGGAGUCAGCGAGGUCACGGAGAGUUUCGGCGCCAUCAGCAGCUUUCUGAUAGGCUUCGGGCCAGGCGCAUUGAUUUCUGGUCCCUUUUCGGAAGUGCUUGGCAGGAACCAGGUCUAUCUGCCCUCACUGGCCCUGUUGUGUGUCUUCAUCAUGGCUUCGGCGCUUGCGCCUGAUAUCGGCAGCCAGAUCGUCUUCCGGUUCUUGGCUAGCGUCGUCGGUGCCGCGCCCUCCGUGUGCGCUGGGGGAUCCAUGGCCGACAUGUUCACGGCGCUGGAGAAGACCUUUAUGUUUCCAUUCUUCAGUAUAUUCGGGUUUGGCGGAGCGGCACUCGGGCCCGUGAUGGCUGCUUAUAUCCCGGAAUCGCCUGUCCUCCAUUCCUGGCGCUGGGCAGAAUGGGUCACUCUCAUGUUCGCCGGAGUCGUCCUUUUCACGACAUUCCUGUUUCAACCGGAGACGUACCCGCCUGUCUUGUUAAGCUGGAAGGCGAGGCAACUGCGGAAGAUCACCGGCGACGAUCGAUAUUACGCCGAGCACGAAAUCGAGCGUACAUCUUUGCUGACGCGUCUAAGUACGGCUCUUCAACGGCCGUUCAUCCUCGCGCUGCACGAGCCGAUUAUUCUCCUUGUCUCGUUCUACCUGUGCCUGGUCUAUAUCAUCCUCUUCACGUUCCUCAACGGGUACGACUUCAUUUUUCGCCAGACGUACGGCAUCUCACAGGGCUUGACGAAUACGAUCUUCGUGGGAAUAUUUGUUGGAGUCUGUGCGGCCUUCGGAUGUGUUCCAUGGAUCUAUCAAAGGACCGUCAAGGCCCAACGGAAGGCGGAGGCGGCCGGCGAGACGCAAUUCGAUCCUGAGAUCCGACUCUGGUACGCGAUCCUGGGCGCGCCGGCGAUGCCCAUCUCGCUGUUCUGGAUGGCAUGGACCUCUUACCCGAGUAUCUCAAUCUGGUCUUCGAUCGCGGCCUCGGCCCUGUUCGGGUACGCGGGGGUCAUGGCCUUCAUCACCACCUACAUGUAUCUCAUCGACACCUAUGAGACAUACGCUGCCAGCGCGCUCGUCUUCGCCACGCUGUCCCGCUACUUUUGUAGCGGCGGGAUGGUUGUCGCCGCGACCCCCUUCUACCGGAACGUCGGACAUCACUGGACCCUGACGAUUCUGGGCUGCGUGAGCCUCUUGCUGACCCCCAUCCCCUAUGUCUUCUACAGGUACGGGCACAUCAUUCGAAGGAAGAGUCAUUUUGCAGUGACCCACAAGAACGACCUGGAUGGUGGGCAGUUGGAAAUGCCCGUUUCAGCAGGGUUGUCGUCUUCAACACUGCCAAGAGCAGAAGAUGAGAAAGUGGAAGAUCAGCCCUAGCGGAGGUUUCCGAACGAAGUUGAUAUAGGAACAUAUAUUAAGAAAAGAUAGUCGAGAUGUGUAUAUUAGUGGUUUGACAUUAUUUGCCCGUCUGGCCAAUGUCAUCAAGCAGACCAUACCUUUUG